AUGUCUAAAGACGCAUCUGCAGUGGUGGUCGAAGUGGCCUCCAACGAAUGGAACGAUACCGAAAAGAAAAACUACAUUUCUACGGAAUCUGUGAACAGCCAGGAGCCUGAAACAGAAGACUUUUCUGAUAUCGAUGAGAAGAAGUUGCGCAGAAAGCUUGACUGGAGACUUCUUCCACUUUUUACCGUGUUGUACUUGUUGAGUUUCUUGGAUAGAGGUAAUAUCGGUAAUGCCAAAAUCGAAGGCCUUGCUGAGGACUUGAACCUUGUGGGUAACCAGUUUAAUAUGUGUUUGUUGAUUUUCUUUAUGUUUUAUGCUACUUUGGAAGUGCCUUCAAAUAUGAUUUUACAUCGUACAAAGCCUCAGAUCUAUAUUCCUACUACUAUGGUGAUUUGGUCCAUCGUUAUGACCUUGAUGGGUACUGUCCAGAACUACCACCAGCUUUUAGCUACAAGAGCGCUUUUGGGUAUUUUCGAAGCCCCACUCUUCCCUGGUAUUUCUUACCUUUUGUCGAUGUACUACUCAAAGUCUGAAAUUUUGGUUAGACAGGCUAUUUUCUUUAGUGCUGCUUCCCUGGCCGGUGCCUUCUCUGGUCUUUUGGCUGCUGCUAUUUCUCAAAUGGACGGUGUUGGAGGUUACGAAGGUUGGAGAUGGAUUUUCAUUCUUGAAGGUUUGCUUACCUUUGUCGUUGGUGUUUACGCAUUCACUUGUUUCCCAUCAUACCCCAAGGAUUGCAAGUUCCUUACUGAAAAGGAACGUAGAUUCAUCAUCCACAAAGUCAAGUACUCGUCCAAUUCAGACACUAAGAGAAUUACUGGCGGUGAUGUUCCUGUUAAGACUUUGGCUGAAGAUGAUAGCCGUAGCAAGUCAUACUUCUGGGCCGUGUUCAAGGAUUGGCAAGUCUACUGCCAGCUUUUGAUCUUGUAUGGAAGUAACGUCCCGCUCAAUGCUAUCUCCCUUUUCGGUCCUACUAUUAUUUACAGUUUGGGUUACACUGCCACCCAGUCUCAACUUAUGGGCGUGCCUCCUUUCGUUUUUGCAUCCAUUUGGUGUGUUACUCAAGCUCAGAUCUCCAACAAGAGCGGCAUUAGAGCACCGUUCAUGGCAUUUGAUCUUGUUUGUAUUGCGAUUGGUUUUGCAGUCUGUCUUGGAAGUGAUCCAGUCAACAGUCCACUUUCUGUUUACGGUGGUAUUUACCCAAUCUCCAUCGGUACAGCAGCCUUCCCCCUUGUCGUUAUUUGGCUUUCCAACAACUUGGCCGGUUCUUACAAGAGAGCUAUCGGUAUGGCCUUCCAGAUUGGACUUGGUAACUUCAGUGGUGUCUUUGCAUCCAACUUCUACAGAACUCAAGAUGCUCCUUACUACAAGCUUGGUCAUGGUUUAGGAAUUGGCUUUGCUGGUAUGGGAAUUUUAGUAACUGGAGCGGUUGCAGCAAGUUAUGUUUUCAUCAACAAGAAGAGACUGAGAGAGAUUGCAGAGGGCAAGUAUGAUGACGUUCCUCCGGAGGAGCUCAUGGCAAUGGGUGACAAGAUAACUAUUAUGUGUUGUUCUUCUAAAGCUAAAACUGCUGCUCCAGUCAGAAACGAGACCGCUGCCAAAACUGAGAAGCCUACCAAGAACUGCUGUGGUGCUUCCUGCAAAUGUGGGUCUUCCUGCCAGUGUGCUUCUUGCAACACCACCAAGCUCUAA